GUGAACCCUCAAGCAAACCUAGUCUUUAUCACCAGCCUACUUCUAGGGACCACCAUUACAAUCUCAAGCAACCACUGAAUUAUGGCCUGGGCCGGGCUCGAACUAAACACCCUAGCCAUUCUGCCCCUUAUCUCAAAAUCCCACCACCCACGAGCCAUCGAAGCCGCAACCAAAUACUUCCUAGUCCAAGCAGCCGCCUCCACCCUAAUCCUAUUCUCUAGCAUAACCAAUGCAUGACAGACCGGACAAUGAGACAUUUCUCAACUAACCUGCCCCGUGUCAUGCCUGAUCCUAACCGCAGCCAUUGCAAUAAAACUAGGACUAGCUCCCUUCCACUUCUGAUUUCCCGAAGUACUUCAAGGCUCCUCCCUAAUCACCGGCCUCCUCCUAUCCACAGCCAUGAAAUUCCCCCCAAUCACAUUACUCUACAUAACCUCCCAAUCACUAAAUCCAACCCUGCUAGUCACCAUAGCCAUCCUCUCUGCUGCCCUGGGGGGGUGAAUGGGACUAAACCAAACACAAACCCGAAAAAUCCUGGCCUUCUCAUCCAUCUCCCACCUAGGAUGAAUAGCCAUCAUCGUUGUCUACAGCCCCAAACUAGCCCUGCUAAACUUCUACCUGUAUGCUCUAAUGACCGCAGCCGCAUUCCUAACUCUAAACUCAAUCAACACCCUGAAACUAUCUACACUUAUAACUACAUGAACAAAAACCCCAGCACUAAGCGCAACCCUAAUAUUAACCCUCCUCUCCCUUGCAGGCCUCCCCCCUCUAACAGGCUUCCUCCCCAAAUGACUGAUCAUCCAAGAACUAACUAAGCAAGAAAUAGCCCCAGCAGCAACACUCAUUGCCCUUCUCUCCCUAUUAAGCCUGUUUUUCUACCUACGCCUCGCAUACUGCGCAACUAUCACGCUCCCCCCGCAUACCACAAAUCACAUGAAACAGUGGCACACUAAUAAACCAACUAGCAUCCUAAUCGCCAUUCUAACCACCAUAUCCAUCACCCUCCUGCCAGCAUCACCUAUAAUCCUCACUAUCGUCUA